UUUGCUCAGGUUGUGGUUGGCUGUUUUUCUCAGCUUCCUGUCACCAGAGGAUGAUCCUUCAUAACGGAAGCUUCAUAUUUCAAUGAGAAAAUAGUGAAAUUCGAGACCGAGACGGAACAUUUACCUUUGCAUUCAGUCAAGAUGAUCCACAGUCUCUUCCUGGUCAACUCCUCAGGAGACAUUUUCCUGGAGAAGCACUGGAAGAGUGUGGUGAGCCGUUCUGUGUGCGACUACUUCUUUGAGGCCCAGGAACGUGCCAGUGAGCCGGAGAACGUCCCGCCUGUGAUCCCCACUCCUCACCACUACCUUAUCAAUGUUCUAAGACAUCGCAUAUACUUUGUGGCGGUCAUACAGAGUGAGGUGCCGCCACUCUUUGUGAUUGAGUUUCUGCACAGAGUCGUCGACACAUUUCAGGACUACUUUGGUGUCUGCACAGAGGCUGCCAUCAAGGACAAUGUGGUCGUGGUCUAUGAACUACUUGAGGAGAUGUUGGACAACGGCUUUCCCCUGGCCACCGAGUCUAACAUCCUCAAAGAGCUUAUCAAGCCUCCCACCAUUCUCCGCACAAUGGUCAACACUAUCACAGGCAGCACCAAUGUGGGUGAACAGCUCCCGACUGGCCAGUUGUCAGUGGUACCAUGGCGACGCACUGGCGUCAAAUACACCAACAAUGAGGCCUAUUUCGAUGUGGUGGAGGAGAUAGACGCCAUCAUUGAUAAAUCAGGUUCCACAAUAACGGCGGAAAUCCAGGGAGUCAUCGAUGCCUGCGUCAAACUGACUGGCAUGCCUGACCUCACACUGUCAUUUAUGAAUCCUCGGCUGCUGGAUGAUGUCAGUUUUCAUCCAUGUGUUCGAUUCAAGCGCUGGGAGGCUGAGCGGAUCCUCUCCUUCAUCCCUCCCGAUGGAAACUUCCGGCUACUUUCCUAUCAUGUCAGCUCUCAGAACCUGGUGGCAAUUCCAGUGUACGUCAAGCACAACAUUACUUUCCGUGAAGGAAGCUCCCAAGGGCGAUUUGACUUGACACUUGGCCCCAAGCAGACCAUGGGCAAGGCUGUGGAGUCGGUCCUAGUCAGCAGUCAGCUUCCUCGGGGAGUUCUCAACGCCAAUCUUAACCCCUCCCAGGGAACAUACACCUUUGACCCAGUCACAAAGUUGUUGACCUGGGAUGUUGGCAAGAUCAACCCCCAGAAGCUUCCCAGCUUGAAAGGGACCAUGAGUCUGCAGGUGGGAGCCUCCAAGCCUGAUGAGAACCCUACCAUCAACAUCCAGUUCAAAAUCCAACAGAUGGCCAUCUCAGGGCUGAAGGUGAACCGCCUGGACAUGUACGGGGAGAAGUAUAAACCUUUCAAAGGCAUCAAGUACAUGACCAAGGCUGGCAAAUUCCAGGUCCGGACAUAAGAACACCACUUCUUCUCUAAAUGGACCAAACAUCCUUGGAAUUGUGAGGAGGGUUAUGAUGUGAUUUUUGUGUGUGUGUGUGUGGGGGGGGGUCUUUUUGUGUGUGGGGGUGCAUGUUUACAUACAUCACAGGAUUUAACCCCACAAUUUGAGGACUCAUUGGAGCAACAAAUUACCAAGAAGUCAUCAAAUGCUUGAACCCAGUGGAAACAACCUAAGCUUUUGUGAAUAUCCAAGGUGAUCCAAAUACUAAUAAUGUACUCCUAUAACCUUAUAUUUCUUGAUCAUUUCAGUCAUUCCAAGCUACCAGAGCAAUGGUAACUUAGGUGCUGUUAAAUCCAGAUGAAAGUAACUCAAAUUUUAUGAUCCCUUACAAUUUAUAAAUAAUUACUGAAUGCAUCGUUUUAUUUGUUUCCCUGAAAUCCUGGCUGCUACUGUCUUGCUAUACCGUUUUGUUUCCUGUAUUUAUAUAUCAUCCUCCCCCGUUCAGCUUAUGUGCUUUGCUUUGCAAUUUGUAUUUGUUUUCGCUAGAAUAUACACUGGCAUAAGAGUAUACAAUAAGCUGUUCACAGUCGAGCACUUUCACUUCUGCUGGAGCAAAAUUGAAUGAAGUUGGUGCGGUGUCACUGUCUCCUGUCUAGAACACUCUUUCCACCGUGGUGUUUCUGCAAUAUUAUAAAGUAUACAUUCACUUAUUUUAUUCUCAGGUCCUGCAGAGAUGAUGCAUGAGGGCAUGUGCGCACUGUUUGAAUGUAUCACGUUUAAAUAAUUUAAGUUAACCGGACGGUAGAUAUAAUUGUUUGGUCAUCUGUACAAUAUUUUCCUCUUCUCAAGAAAGAACAGGAUGAUUCAAAAAUUGACUUAUUAAAUAUGUACUCGGCCCCCCUGAAUAUGCGCUCAAACACAUUAGUUUAACAAUUUGUGUUGUACUACCUACCCAUAUUUAUUUGUAAUCUUCCUGAGAGCAACAUAGUGCUCAUUAUAAAUGAGUCAAUCCACAUAUUUGUUUAGUUUCUUGAGAAAAUGUGUUUUUAGUGGCAUGCGUUCUACAAAAUACUCCUUCAAACUUGGGCUUAUUUGUAUAUUUUAAAAAAAAAAGAGAGAGACAAAAAAGUCAGGGUGAGGGAGGUCACGGGUAAAAGUUCCCUAUUGACAGGAUUGUAAAAAUGGGAACCAGUUGGAGAUGCUCGUGUGCUUGCUGGCCAUCCAGAACCCCAGGUGAAGUGCAGCAGAACCAUUUGCGUGCCUCUCACUCUAUCAUCUCUUUUUGCUUGCCUCUAUGUGUGUGAUCUGCUUCUAUGUGUGGUUUGCAUCACUCAGUAACAUUGAAAUGCAUGUUUAUUUUCCCCGAGCAAAAAUGUGUACUUACUCAUUAAAGUUCAGAAAAGUGAAAUGUUACAUUUAAAACUAUUAUUCACAAAAAUUAAACCGUAGGCGAGUCUAAUUGUCUUCAGCAUUGUAUAAAUUGUUCUUGGAUUCAAUUAUAAGUGGACACAAAAUGGAUUUUGAAAAUGUCCCGUUCAUUUAUAUCGAGUACUGUCAUCGCGCCUCAUUGUCACCAGGGCAACUGAGACGAAAUCGGUCCACCAUCAGCAGUGAUGGCGCUAUACCAGCGCUAGAGGGUGCUGUAACCCCGUCAGAAAUCUGCGUGGCCCCAAUUAAGUCCUUCAAGCAUUUGAUUUGAUCGUCUAAAAUAGACGUACUUUCGAAAUUCUUUCUCAGCCCCGUUAUGUAUUGGUCAAGCACCCCUUUAGCCCCGGGAGAGAAAUAAUCCUGGAGCCGUGCCUCUCGACCAUUAUAUUCUGUUUCAGUGCUCGAAGCAGCUUGUGGUUGCUGUUUGAAUUGUGG